CGUAAAUAUCGUGGAUUUAAUAUAAAUAUGAAAAAACAAAUGAAAAGUCGAAUUAUAUACGGUGAUCAAAACUUUUUCGUGCCAUCGCAUUUGAAUUUCGGCGCGUAUAUAUUACAAAAAAUUUUAGCACAUAACAGCGGGCAAGCCGCUUUGAUAAAUGGUGCAACAGAGGAACAGAUCACGUACGGGGAAAUGGCGCAAAAGAUAGUAAAUAUAGCAUCGUCUCUUUCGCGUCUCGGUGUCAGGGAAGGCGAUGUGGUCGCUAUAUUUAGUGAAAACAGAAUUGAAUAUCUACUAACUACUCUAGCGGUUUACUAUUCCGGUGCUAUAAUUACGUUCUUCAACAAUGCAUAUACGAAAGGCGAUUUAACGCACGCUAUUAGUAUUUCAAAACCGAAAUACAUGUUUAUCUCUGGUGAAGUAUAUAAAACGCAAUACGAAGUUAUUGAAAAUACAAAAACUAUUCAAAAAUAUGUUUUAUUUGAUGAUGUACCGCUGCAAAGUAACAGCAUUUACUUUAAAGAACUGUCGGAGAAACAUAUAGAUAUCAAAUCAUGCAAUCAUUUUGAUUUUAAAGGGACACCACAAACAUGCAUGAUUCUUUAUUCUUCGGGGACUACAGGUCUUGCGAAGGGAGCAAAAAUUAAUCAUCUUAACUUAAUUGUGUCGAGCCAACAACCAAUGAUGACAGAUAAAUACUUGACUCCCCUAAUGAUUGCGCCGUGGUCGAGCACAAUGGGGAUAAUACGCAUCCUAAAGGAAAUCGCUUUUGGUAGAACUUUUGUGUUCUUGUCAAAGUACAAUGAGAGACAAUAUUUAAAAACUAUUCAAAAAUACAAGAUUGGCUUGCUCUCUGUAGCUCCACCAUUGAUUGUAAUGUUAUAUAAAUCCAGUAUUGUUAAGGAAUUUGAUAUGAGUUCUGUUGAGAUAAUUUAUUCUGGUGGUGCACCAAUUACUCUAGAGAGUAUACGUCAACUUAAAACAAGGUUUCCUCACAUGAAAGUUUUACAAGGCUAUGGGAUGACAGAAGCAACCGGAGCUGUAACCGAAGAUUUGGACAAUGCGCCGAGAGAGGGCAGCGUGGGCAGAAUCGUUCCAGGAAAUAUUAUUAAAAUUGCAGAUCCAGAAACUAACAAAACACUAGGAUGUGGCGAACCAGGAGAAGUCCGCAUAAAAGGUUUAAUAAUUUUUGGAGGAUAUGUGGGAAGAGAUAUGCAAAACGACUUCGAUGCUGAAGGCUUCUACAAAACUGGUGAUAUCGCGUAUUAUGAUGAGGACGGCUAUUUCUACAUUGUUGAUAGAAUAAAAGAGCUUAUCAAAUAUAAAGGAUGGCAAGUUACGCCGUCGGAGCUAGAGGCGGUUAUACUUCAACACCCAGCUGUUAAAGAUGCCGGAGUGACGGGGGCGCCAGAUACGUUGGCUGGGGAACUGCCUACGGCGUUUGUUGUGAAGCAAACUGACGCUAAAAUUACAGAACAAGAAAUUAUUGAUUAUGUUUCAGAUAAGGUAGCGCCGUGGAAAAGACUACGAGGUGGCGUUAUAUUUCUUAAAGAGAUACCAAAAACUGCCAGCGGCAAAAUUUUAAGGCGAGAACUGCAAGCGCUCCUGUCAAAACUAAGGCCACAAAAGCUACCUGCCAGCAAAUUGUGAUCGCUGUGCGGAGUUUUAGUAUUGAAUUAUGAAUUAAUAAUUCACAAACUUUUCCUGCUUCAAUUAAAACACAAAUUUCAAUUGGAAACGAAAUAUAAAAAGCA